UACUGAAAUAUUUGUUUCGGCUGCGUUCACAGGCUAAAGAGUGCAAUGGCGUCAAGGCUCCGAUUGAUACAAGCAAACCUAACCCUAAUGAGGUGGAGUUUGAUAACCUGUAUUUGGAUAUGAAUGGUAUAAUUCACCCUUGUACACAUCCAGAAGACAAGCCAGCACCCAAAAAUGAAGAUGAGAUGAUGGUUGCGAUUUUUGAGUAUAUCGACAGGAUCUUCAACAUUGUAAGACCAAGGCGACUUCUUUACAUGGCUAUAGAUGGAGUAGCUCCACGUGCAAAAAUGAAUCAACAGCGGUCAAGAAGAUUCAGAGCAUCAAAGGAGGGCAUGGAAGCUGCUGAAGAGAAGCAAAAAAUAAGACAAGAAAUUCUGGCAAAAGGUGGCAUUCUUCCUCCAGAAGAAGUGAAAGAGAGAUUUGACAGCAACUGUAUUACUCCGGGAACAGAGUUUAUGGACAAUCUCGCUAAAUGUCUCCGCUAUUACAUUGCUGACCGUUUGAACAGCGACCCAGGGUGGAAAAAUUUGACAGUUAUUUUGUCUGAUGCUAGUGCUCCUGGUGAAGGUGAACAUAAAAUCAUGGAUUACAUUAGAAGACAAAGAGCUCAACCAAACCAUGACCCAAACACUCAUCAUUGUCUGUGUGGGGCUGAUGCUGAUCUGAUUAUGCUUGGGUUAGCUACACAUGAACCAAACUUCACAAUAAUUAGGGAGGAGUUUAAACCAAAUAAACCCAAGCCAUGUAGUCUUUGUAACCAGAUGGGUCAUGAGGUUAAGGAUUGCCAAGGUUUGCCCAGAGAAAAACAAGGCAAGCACGAUCAGUUUGCAGACAGUCUUCCCAUCGCUGAACAAGAAUUUAUCUUCAUCCGAUUAUGUGUUUUGCGAGAGUAUUUGGAAAGAGAACUCACUAUGGCCAGUUUACCUUUCACUUUUGAUUUUGAAAGAAGUGUUGAUGACUGGGUCUUUAUGUGCUUCUUUGUGGGAAAUGACUUUCUUCCUCAUCUGCCAUCUUUGGAGAUCAGGGAGGGAGCAAUUGAUCGCUUGGUUAACAUAUAUAAAAAUGUGGUGCACAAAACUGGGGGAUACCUCACAGAAAGUGGUUUUGUCAACCUACAGCGAGUACAGAUGAUCAUGUUAGCUGUUGGAGAAGUUGAAGAUAGUAUUUUCAAAAAGAGAAAAGAUGACGAUGAUAACUUUAAACGACGGCAAAAAGAAAAAAGAAAAAGAAUGAAGAGGGAUCAGCCUUCUUUUAUUCCUGGUGGACAGUUUUCCCCUCAAGCUCUGGGAAAUCGAUCUAGUCCUCAGGCAAUCAGUAACCCUAGACAAGCCGCCUUUGAGAUGAGGAUGCAUGACAGACAGAAUUCUACAACUUCAUCAUCUCCAAAUACCAGCCUGACUUCUGAUGGCAGCCCAUCCCUGGCAGGAGGAAUUAAGCGAAAAGCUGAAGAUAGUGACAGUGAACCUGAGCCAGAGGAUAAUAUCAGGUUAUGGGAAACUGGUUGGAAACAGCGCUACUAUAAAAACAAAUUUGAUGUUGAUGCAUCUGAUGAGAAAUUCCGUCGUAAAGUUGUACAGUCCUAUGUGGAAGGCCUUUGCUGGGUUCUCAGAUAUUAUUAUCAGGGCUGCGCAUCCUGGAACUGGUAUUACCCUUUUCACUAUGCUCCGUUUGCUUCUGACUUUGAGGGUAUUGCAGACAUGCCUUCAGACUUUGAGAAAGGCUCAAAACCGUUUAAGCCUCUUGAACAACUUAUGGGAGUAUUUCCAGCUGCAAGUGGAAAUUUUCUGCCACCAACUUGGAGGAAGCUCAUGACAGAUCCGGAAUCAAGCAUAAUUGACUUCUACCCUGAAGAUUUUGCUAUUGAUUUAAAUGGGAAGAAAUACGCUUGGCAAGGUGUUGCGUUGUUGCCAUUUGUUGACGAGCGACGCCUUAGAGCUGCCCUGGAAGAAGUCUACCCUGACCUCACUCCUGAAGAAAGCAGAAGAAAUAGCCUUGGUGGUGAUGUUCUCUUUGUUGGAAAACACCAUCCACUUUGUGACUUUAUUGUAGAACAGUACAAGACCAAAAAUACAGAGCCAGUGGAUAUACCCCCAGAGCUGUGCCAUGGAAUCCAGGGAAAGCUUACACUGAAUGACAAUGCUGUUCUUCCAGACCAGACAGUGGAGUCUCCUGUUCCAAUGCUGCGUGAUCUUGCACAAAAUUCUGCAGUCAGCAUCUCUUUCAAAGAUCCACAAUUUGAUGAAGACUUUGUUUUCAAGGCUACAGUGUUACCUGGUGCAAAGAAACCUGCUCCAGUUCUGAAGCCAGGAGACUGGGAAAAAACCAACAAUGAUGGCAGGCCUUGGAGACCGCAGCUUGGUUUUAAUCGAGACAGAAAACCAGUCCAUUUGGACCAGUCAGUGUUUAGAACUUUAGGCCAUACGAUGCCAAGGGCAAGAGGGAUGCCAGGAAUGUAUGCCAACGCAGUACCUCUUGGAACUUACGGGAGCCCGUACACCAGGCCACUUCUGAGUGGGCAGCAGCAGAUUCCUAAAUUGUUGUCAAAUCUUAGACCCCAGGAGUCUUGGCGAGGUCCUACGCCCUUGUUUCAACAGACACCGCAAAGGUAAGGCAGGAGGGAUUGAAGUUUUGUAAAACGUGGCCAGGAGGAUGUACUUGCUUCUGCCAGGCUUCACAACAUUUUUUUUCCCCCCUCUUUGUUUUGAACUUUAUUGUUUAAAUUUGUUGAAAUCAUGCUGUACAGCAGGCUUUUCUUAAGUUAAUUAAUGUCCAUGAUUUAUUUAUAUUUUGUGAGUGCACUACGUGGUGUUCAUCCUUUAAAAGGCUCGAGUACUUUGUAUUAAAAAAAAGAAGGCAAAAACACUUUCCAUUAAAACUCAGACUUCAAAAUUAACUUUACUGUUGGUGCUUUGGUACCGUUCUUGGUUCUUUGGCCUUUAUCUUAUUGAAGCUUUUGAGAUACUAUGAAAUUGAACACAGAGAGCUUAAAACUGCAUUAGAUUUUGGACAGGCUAAACAAAUUUCUUUUUAGGAGGGCUGUGGAGCUUAAUGAGGCAUAACUAAUGGUGUUCCACUUUUAUCAUUUCUGUGCCGCAACCGCAGCAUUAGUACAGACUAGCCAUUGAUUCUUGC